AACAAAAAGACAACCCUUGUGUUGUGAGGUCACAGCAGCAGAGCUUUGAUGUAAAGGGCUCAGUUCACCUUUGACAGUUGGAGAGAGACACACAAGCAAGAAGACUCUGGAUUACAGAUCAAUUCUCAGCUUCUCAUUAUUGAACUGCAAACACUGGACAUCAUGUCAUCGUGGGAAACUCCAGAAGAUCCUUCUGCUGCCUCAGUUUCACUGACAGCACCUGAUGCUCAGGCCGGCCAGACGCUGGACAGCAGCUCUUCCUCCUAUUCGGUCCUGGACUUUCUAGGGGAAGACCAAACAGAUCGUGGCUGUGAAAAUCCUGAAGGACACGAGGUCGCCCAGGACAUUGAGCAGGAGGUUACCAUGCUGAAAGUCAUCAGUGACCUGGAUGCGGAUCUCACCAACAUGGUCAAGUUCCAUGAAGAAUUCCAGCACAUGGAACAGACCUGUUUGGUGUUUGAGAGGCUGGACAUGAGUCUUUAUGACAUGCUAGAGCAGCGAGAGUGGGAGCACCAUCCUCUACAUGAGAUCCGCCCAGUUGCCAAGCAGCUCUUGGUGGCCUUGGAUGCCCUGGAAGGUCUCAGGCUUGCACACUGA